AGAAAAGUUUGCUAAAUGUGUUUCAGAAUGGUUUCAGAUAGUGACUUGAUACGUCAGGGCUGUCAUUAAGAAUUGUGAUUCUAUAACACGUACUUGGCUUUUAAUAAUCCAUGGACCAAAAAAGACGGAGGGGUGAGACCCAUUGCGGUGGGGUCUACUUUACGACGUCUGGCAUCAAAAAUUGCGGUUAGACACUUUAGAUCAAAAUUGCAGUCCCUUUUUGAACCAGUACAGCUAGGUUUUGGCACGAAAGGUGGGUGCGAGGCAGCCGUCCAUGCCCUAAGGACCUACCUUUCAUUCGAUGAUUGUGAAAUUGUAGUCAAAAUUGACGUUAAAAAUGCUUUUAAUUCGGUUAAUAGGGACACUUUGCUGACAGAAGUCAAGGACAAAAUUCCGGAACUGUACAAUUACUUUUUCUUUUGUUAUUCAGACUCGUCUAAAUUAAUGUACAAAUCACAUGAAUUAUCUUCUGAGGUUGGUUGUCAGCAGGGUGACCCUCUCGGGCCAGCAAUUUUUAGUUUGGCUAUAAAUCCAAUUAUCAAAAAUUUAAAAUCAAAAUUCAACGUCUGGUACUUAGACGACGGAACCCUAGGAGGCGACGUGAAUACUGUGCUCUCUGAUUUGUCUUUUGUUAGGAGCAGUUUCGAAAAUAUUGGUUUAGAUUUGAAUUUCUGCAAAUGCGAACUCUUUAUUUACAAAUCUUCUUGUACUUUGACCGACUUAAAACCCAAAUUUGACGAUCUGGCUCCUAAUAUAAAAUUGGUAGACAAGGAUUCUCUUUGCCUCCUGGGUUCUCCUGUAUUUGAAGAAUCUUUUCCUGAUUAUGUUUCUAACUCUAUAUCUAAAUUCAAAAGUCACACGAAUAGUUUACUCGAAAUUAGCCCUCAUUAUGCUCUUGUGAUUCUGAAAUUCUGUCUUUUUUUCCCUAAAUUUACAUAUGUGCUCCGCUGCUGUCCUUUUUGGGAACAUCAAAAUUUAUUGUCGCCUAUAGACGAUUUGAUCAAAAUUAGUUUAGAGACGAUUCUAAACAUUCAGCUGAGUGAGCCUUCCUGGUCUCAAGCGUCCCUCCCUAUUCGGUUCGGAGGUUUAGGAAUUCGGAAAAUUUCCAGUGUGGCUUCCCCAGCCUUUUUGACAUCCAUUAAUAGCACGUCUGGUCUCAUAGGAAAUAUCUUAAGGGCUUUGCCCAAAAACUAUGAGAUUACGGGCUUUGAGGAUGCUAAAAAUGCUUUUAAAAUUGCUUGCCCGGGCAAACAAUUUCCAGACAACCCAAAAUCACAAAGGAGCUGGGAUAAUAUUUACUGUGAUUUAACUUACAAUACUCUUCUAAACAACUGUACAGGUCCAGAUCACGCGAGACUUUUGGCGGUCGGAUCCAAGAAAGUACCAGUAUUAGGUGAAGGAUGGGCAUGUAGCCAGUAGCCGGCUUCCCGGGCCCCGACCGCCAAAAGUCUCGCGUGAUCUGGACCUGUACAGUUGUUUAGAAGAGUAUUGUAAGUUAA